AUGGAAUUCCAGAAGCUGCCGGGCUCCAACCACCAUCUAUUCUGGCUACGAGAAACUAAGGGGUUGUGGGGAAAGUACAUCAUACUCAGCCACCGGUGGAAUGCGAUAGUGACGGCAGCAUCGAGUACUACAGGGGAUAACUAUGAGAGGAGAGUGCAUGGGCUACCCGGCUCAACAUCGGAUGAGGUAGCGAGUGGGUCCGGUUGGACUCUCGAUCAGAAGCUCAACGAUCUCUUCAUUGACGUCGGCACAUUGGCCGUCAGCCUGGGUAUCAAAUAUGUCUGGAUCGACUCCAUCUGCAUUGUUCAGCAGGACACCAAGGAUUGGGAAAACGAGGCAACAAUGAUGGCCGGAUACUAUCAGAACGCCUGGCUCACGGUGGCCGCGACCAGGACAGUUGCCGAAGGAGGAGGAUUUCUCCACCAGACAACAAUGGACCCAUCUUCCAUCCCGCGCUUCAGUCGUCUGCCUUACCGAAACAGGGAAGGUAGGCAAGAAGGGCAUUUCUAUCUGCAAGGUCUGCCAGGUUCCACGCUACGGCAGGAGUAUGAGGACAGUAUCAUCAACAGCGACUUGCUCAACCGCGGAUGGGUCUUCCAGGAGUGGAUACUGAGCCCUCGCAUCCUAUGCUUUUCGACACUUAUGCCCUUUCUUGUCUGCGCGGAGUUGCCACCUCUGCCUAUCGCUGGCAAUGUGAUGACCAACGACGAGAUCGACAGUUUCCAGGCACAGCGGGAUAUCACUAGUGUUGGGGAUCCAUUCUCAUAUGAGAAUCAUGGCUUUUUGCAGCACGGCUACAAACACCGUCUUGGACUUGAUCUCACCGCGUCACGGGCCGCCCUGUUCAAUACGUGGAGAAACCUGAUUACGGUCUAUUCGAGCCUUGAGAUCACGAGGUUUGAGAACGACAGGCUUGUAGCCCUGGCCGGAGUCGCCAAAGAAAUCGGGUCGGCUCUGUCAGCGAAGCCUGUUGGCAGGCCUGUUGAGGACAUAACCGAUCGCCAAGCUAAGUACUCCAACAUGUAUGCGUGUGGGAUCUGGCUCGGCGACAUAGUUCGAGAGUUACAGUGGGAGAGAUCCGACGGCCUGAAAAAGCCGACCUGUCGAGCACGAGGCUUUCCUACAUGGUCAUGGUUGUCAUUGGGCUCACCCACUCUAGACGACACCGGACAGCCAACUCUUGGCGGUGCAAGGGUGCAGUGGCCUGAUCUUGAAGUUUACUCAAAAUCUGUUGUGACUUGGACUGGCGCUGUUCGAAGAGGCAAGAAAAUGCCAGAUCCCGUGUGGUGUGUCUCCCUCAAAUCCGCGCACGUCAUCCCAUUGGGCACAGAGUCGGAUGGCUGGCCUAUAAAUCCCAGCCCGGGCAACGACUGGAAGCCAUUGGAGCCAUGCGACCGGAGCAAUGAAUACGGGAACUCGAAUCGUUUCGUAGGGCUUUGCUUCGAACACGCCAAGUUUAUCGACGUCCAGAUUGGGCCCCGGUUCGACAGCCAAAGGCACUUUUCAAUCGCAGCAAAGUGCACAAAUCACGAAUCGGACGUGCAGAGAGACCAUUGGCGAGCGGUUACGCUACCAAUAUCCGGGCUGGGAGGGUUGAACACUGAGGAGGUCAUUCGCGGAUGGGCCUCCUUGGAGCAUCCGGAUUAUCAACAACCUGGAAAGGACCCAAAAGAGGAUCGCGUUCUGGCCUUGAGAAUAGCACACAUCCCUGAGGUAAAGAAUGGAGGAUGGAUCAUCUCAUUCUCUGAUACUGCUGAAAUAGUGUUAUACAUCAGACAAGUCAGACGAGGAGAGACUGGAGAUCGCGCCUACUUCGAGAGGAUGGGAGUUGGUAGGCUGUUCGGGUCUGAGGUCGAGAGUAAGUUUGCAGCGGCUGAGGAGGGAGAAAUAUGGUUGGUAUGA